UAAAAAUCCAAACAGUUGUGUACUUCAAAUAGAUUGGGACUACUAACUGAACAAGGUCCGCUAAUUUAAAUGUGGAAGCGAAUCCUAGAAUUGUAUUGAGCGAUGAAGUUCUCGACUGUGAGCAAAGUUAGAUACAUGUUUUGUCUUUUAGGUGUUCCGUGCAUGAUGUGUUUAGUAUAUUUACAUCAUGUUGCAGGAAGUACCUUUCAGUUGAAAGAGUUGUUGCCCAUACAAAACACCCAAAAAGAAUUUUGGCCCAGUUUAGGAGCAAGCAUACCACCAGCAAUUAUAGACUACUCGAAAUUCCACAACGAGCAAGUGCAAAAUCCACAGCAAAAUACAAAAUAUCUGGUAUAUACUUGCACACAUCAAAGAUCUUUUUGCGGGGGAAUCGGAGACAGACUAAGUGGAAUCGUUUCUCUCUUUAUGCUAGCGGUAUCUACAAAUAGAGUUCUAGUGAUCGACUGGAAUACUCCGUUUCCUUUGUAUGAAUCCUUAAAUCCUAACAUUAUCGAUUGGCUAACGCCACUCAAAACAGUAAUCCUCUACGAAAUUGCGAACCCUGAGCAAACGGUGUUCAUUGAAGGGGUCAGAAGAUCUAUCAAUAGCACCUAUUGGGAAUCUGUUUUGCAGCGCGAUAUUGGUGUAGUUAGGAUCAAAUCGAAUAAGAUUGAUUUCUCAAGCCAAAACUUUACUCAUUCAGCUGCUUGGCAAGCAGCUGCUGGGAUGAAAGCCUACCAGUUUGGAGAUGGAAUACCUCCUUUGUUGUGUACUUGGAUAUUGCGCAGUCUAUUCACACCUAAUCCAACUAUCCUUCAGAUUGCUAAAGACCAAUUGUCCUUGAUCGGACUAGACAUGGGUCAGCCUUAUAUUGCUAUACACACUAGAUUCGGGCAUACGGCAAACGAUACAGGUUCUGGACAGUUUGUAGACCCUGUGCGGUUGAAAGUUGACACAAUUCCAGAUUUUUCCCAAUGCGCUGUAACUAUGAGUGAACAGUUCAGUCACAGAGGAAUUCAUCUGCAGACUUCCACAUUCUUAGCAGCGGAUAGCAAUGAGGGCAAACUUGCAUUCAAUGCAUAUGCAAGAGACGUGAAGUAUUUCUCUGCACAUGCCUUCCAUGUCGAUAGGUCCAUUAUGUUAGAAACAUAUGAUUCUGCUGAGGGAAAUUUGCUAAAUCAAUUGACUUGGGUUGAGUUCUUAGUUUUGUCCAAAUCUGAGUGCUUGGUGUCGUCUCCAAGCGGGUUUUCCAGAUGGGCAGUUGCGAUAAGCAGAGACCCUUAUAGUGGAUCUCGUUGCGCUCAAGUAGGUACUCAGUGCAAGAGUAUAAAUUGGUCAGAAUUGUUGGACUAGUGCAGGUGGUAAUUUUGACAUACUGUUCUGAUAAACCGCCGCGGUCGCGACGAUGGACUGAAGGAGUGAUGCUUCACAGUUUGUACUUGAACUUUGAAGAUUUAAUCACUGAAAGCGUAUUCGAGAAGUCCCUUUCAAAUUUUAUGGAUUCACGGAUUGUCACGCAAUCCUUGUGACGCUCAUCAAACGCGUCUCCGGAAAACCGGAAAACCGGAGCGAGGCAGCAAAAAGAAAAAUUUCAGAGGAUGUCCAGUAAUUAUCAGACAAACCUUCUAUGAACACGAUAAAUCCAGACAGAAUCUAUUAUUCAAGAUGGCAGAUAUCAUUGCUAGAUCUCAGAUAGUUUGUACAUAUACCAUACAAGUACUGGUUACCACUUCAUUGCAAAAUAGCGUAGUGCGAACUAAACCCUAUGUCUCGGAAUUAAAAAAGUUAUAGACAUCUUAA